CUUCCAAAGGUCCCACUUCUCUCGCUCCAUCUCUAUUUCUUGACACCUAAAGAAAGCCAUUAAUCGAUACCUCGCCAUGGCCGCCGCCGAAUCCGCUCACCCCGUCGUCCUCGCAUGGGGUUCAGGCGAGGAUGGGCAACUGGGGAUGGGCAACUGGGAAGAGAAGGACUGGGCCUACAGCAUCAAGUCCCUCGAGCCCAAGAACGUCGUCGCCGUCGUCGCCGGCAGCAGGAACUCCCUCGCCAUCUGCGGCAACGGACAAUUGUAUACAUGGGGAUGGAACCAGAGGGGAACCCUGGGUCAUCCGCCGGAGACCAAGACGGAGAGCGUCCCGAGCCUAGUUGAUGCCCUCGCCGGCGUCAAGAUCGUUCAGGCAGCAAUUGGGGGCUGGCAUUGCCUGGCUGUUGAUGAUCAGGGCCGAGCUUAUGCUUGGGGUGGGAAUGAAUAUGGGCAGUGUGGGGAGGAGCCCGAGAGAAAAGAAGAUGGCAGUAGGGCUCUGAGGAGGGACAUUGCCAUUCCCCAAAGAUGUGCACCUAAGCUCUCCGUCCGCCAGGUAGCUGCUGGAGGGACACACUCCGUGGUACUGACGCAAGAUGGUCAUGUCUGGACUUGGGGCCAACCAUGGCCUCCUGGAGAUAUUACGCAAAUCUCAACUCCUGUACGUGUGCAAGGCCUUGAGCGAGUAAGGUUGAUUGCUGUUGGUGCAUUUCAUAAUUUGGCACUUCUAGAGGAUGGAACCUUAUGGGCGUGGGGCAACAACGAAUAUGGUCAACUAGGAACUGGUGAUACUCAGCCAAGAUCACAACCUAUCCCUGUUCAGGGUUUAUCUGGUCUUACUUUGGUUGACAUUGCUGCUGGAGGUUGGCAUUCAACUGCACUAACCAAUGUUGGAGAGGUAUAUGCUUGGGGAAGAGGGGAGCAUGGGAGGCUUGGAUUUGGAGAUGACAAGAGUAGUAAAAUGGUUCCUCAGAAGGUCCAACUCCUAGUCGGGGAAGAUAUUGUUCAGAUAUCUUGUGGAGGCACUCAUUCAGUGGCGUGUACUCGUGAUGGGCGAAUGUUCUCUUUUGGAAGGGGCGACCAUGGACGCCUAGGCUAUGGGAGGAAGGUCACAACCGGCCACCCAAUGGAAGUGCCCAUCAAACUGCUACCACCAAGAGACAGCGGCAGCACCGACGGGCAGUGGUGCGCCAAGCUUGUUGCCUGCGGUGGACGCCAUACUUUGGCGAUGGCAUCAUGGGUUGAGGAACCUGGAGAUUCUAUCUAAAGCUGAGACAAAGAGAAGCUCAUGCAAGCAAAAUUAUGGCCACUUGCAUUGAAUCUAAUCGUAACUUUUGUGAACCGGACAAUAUUUAGUUAGUAUCUGAUGAAAAAAAAAAGCCAUCUGCUAUGAAUAAAUCAGAAUGAAGAAUUCAAUACAACCA